AUGUCGAAUGUUUGGGUUGGAGGCCCGAUUGAAAACGUGAGAGCAAUGAGUGAUCUAUCAGUAUCAUUGAUGCAGACAGUUGUCUGUUCAACCGAGAACCGUAUACAGUAUUCUAAUAUUUGGUUUAUGUUUCUGGUUGUCACUUUGAUCUCGCGGACUGUUAAUGGAAUCUGUAAGAUACAACCAGAAUGCGGACGAGCAACACCAAAGAAUUUUAAGUUUUCUGGUCCUAUAACUGGGCCGAGAUAUUAUUCACAUCCGGGACCACUAACUUUGACCUGUAAUGCAUCUGGCGAUAUACAAAAGAUGUACUGGGAACGAACUGAUAUUAAUGGUAGUGUGCGACAAUUGAAUUACACAACAUUUGGGAAAGUUUCGUCCUUUUGGAUAGCAACAUUAGACAACUAUUUAUCCACAAACAAACCUAAGUUUAGUUUCAUCUGUGUAGCUUUGGAUAUUUGCUGUAAUAAGCAUAUAACAGAACGAUCCAAAACUAUAGAACUAAGGAAAACUAAAGCUACUCCAAGCAAAUGCAUUAAAGAUGUUUUGAUUAUUGUUGAUGCUUCAGCUUUGCGUGAAUACAGAAACUAUAUACUCUGUACAGUGUUUCUUCGUGCACUUGUCGACAAUCUUCAACUGAAUGUUUCACCAGAAGGAAGCCAUAUUUCACUCAUGACGUUUGGUUAUCAGCGUAUAUUUCAGUAUACUCGAAUAAGUAUAUCAAUGAAAAGUCGGAAUAAAACGGAACUGAAAAGCAAAAUUUUUAUGUUCUACACUCCCACUUGGAUAGAUAAUAGUGUAAAAAGAACAGAUGUAGCUUUACUAAAAGCAAAUGAGAUAUUCAAGAGAAAUAAUCCACUAAAUCAUCGAGAAGAUAAAGAUGAUGUCAUAAUUCUGCUCACUGAUGGACCACCAACGACAAGGUCGGGAAAAGGUGAACAACCGCACGACAUCGCCAUAGCUGAAGCAAAAAAAUUGAGAGACAAAGGCAUAGUCAUUGUUGGGAUUGCUGCUGGUAACCGUCAACAACAAGUUAGAACUUUGCCAUUCUUGAAAAAUGUAUCAACAGCUGGUCAAACGCUUCCAUCAACAUUUUUGAAUUUGAUUCUGUUGGACGACAGAAUUGUCCACGCUUUCUGUCCCCGACCUCCCCCUGGACCCAGUGAACCUAGAAACUUAUCCGUCGUGGUACAUGGAAGAAGUUUAACACUUUCAUGGCUGAAGCCAGAAAUUGCUGCUGAUAAUAUUAUUGACCAUUAUCUAGUAUCGUGGGGGACAAAUCAGAGUGACCUAUUGUUCCAAAAACCGGUUGUGUUAAGUCCUUUUCAACGUUAUUUUGAAAAACCUGGAUUAUACAAUUUUAAAGUGCAAGGUGUUGAUAAGAAUGGUAUCAGUGGUGAAGCCGUCUAUCUUUACAACGUAACAAUCGAGCGACGGAAGGGUGUUCCGACAAAAAGUGCAGAGAAUACACGAGGUGUUUCGACGGACAAUGCCGUGGGUGGUCAAAACAUCUCAACGGCCAUUAUCGGGGGGGUAGCAGGAUCUGGUGUGUUUAUUUGCCUGGCUGCGUUUUCCCUUUUAUUUAUAGUAAAGAAAAUUCAGAAUAGACGCAAAAAUAAUUCGAUCAAGGAAUUUGAAUCCUGGAUCGCAAGUUCUCGAAAUGAUGCAUUGUUUGAGCUGGAACAGUUGAACGAAGAAAGCGAGCUCCAGCCAGAAGAAAUCUCAUAUGUAACCUUAUUGAAAGACUGGGAAAUUUCGCCAAACCACUUGCACAUAAUGGAAAAAACACUCGGGGCUGGACAAUUUGGAAUCGUUAAGCAAGCUUCAUAUACGGCUCCGGGGCACGAUAAUCCUGAACUUGUUGCUGUCAAAAUGUUGAAAGAUACUGCGAAGAAAUCUGAUAUAUCUGAUCUUUUGGCUGAGUUGGAGACCUUAAAAAAAAUUAACGAAGAACCUCAUCCAAAUGUUAUACGAUUUAUAGGCGGUUGUUCAGUGGAAGGAAAACUAAUGGUGGUGACAGAGUUCUGCUCUGCUGGAAAUCUUCGGAAAUUUCUGAGGAAGAGUAAACUUAUUACUAACCUUGACUCGCAUAUAACUUCCACCUUGAACGAUCGUCAACUCUUGAAAAUUGCCGUUGAUGUGGCAAGUGGAAUGGCGCAUCUUUCGAAUCAAAAGUUUGUCCAUCGUGAUUUGGCAGCCAGAAAUAUCUUUCUUUCCGGUGAAUUAGAUAAUGUUGCAAAAAUUUCUGAUUUUGGUUUGGCGAGAGAUAUUGGAAGUGCUGAGGAAUAUAUACGAAGCAAUCAGAAUCUUCUUCCUGUUAAAUGGAUGGCCUUGGAGAGCCUAAUUCGUGGCAUAUUUACCACAGCAAGCGAUGUAUGGAGUUUUGGCGUCCUUCUUUAUGAAAUCGUGACUUUGGGUGAAGAGCCAUACAAGGCAAUAUCACCGUACAACAUAAUCAAUCAUGUCGGAUCCGGAGGCCGAAUGCCAAAACCACCUCAUUGCUCAAGUGAAAUAUACGAGAUAAUGUCAAACUGUUGGAAGGUUAAUGCGAAGAAUCGACCAACAUUCUCGGAAAUCCACCAACGUCUUCAUGAUUUGAUGAUUAAUGAUAAGAAAUCUUACAUCCAUGUGAAGCAACUAAAAGAAGGAAAGCUUUCUUUAACGAUCGACCCAACUGAGGUUGAGCUCAUUGAUGAGAAAAAUGAUGACGUGAUCGUUUGAAAAAACAGUUAAUAUGAAAUAUGGCUGAUAAUAUUAUGUGAAUAAUGUAGUAGUUCUCAUUUGAGUGAUGUCAUUUUUUUUCCGGCGUUUCAAAAUUGAUCGAGUGAGACUUCCAAAUGAAAAUCACGUUAUGUAUUAUUUUCCGACGACAUUUAU